AAAGCCAUAAUUUCGGAAGAUAUGCGAACGUAUACACAGUAACACAGUAAUAACACUAGACUGUAAGUCCAAUAUUUCUAAGAUUUUAAAUAACUGUGUCACAGCUGUAGGAGACCAUGUUUGGGAGAGGGCCCUCGAAGGACUGUACGUGAGGGCCCGUUUAGCUUCCUAUAAUAUAUGCUCCUAAGAUCUGUAUUACUGUCGCAUCGAUUUACUUUUUAUUUUGCCAUAAAAAAAUGUCUGAUAUGACACUUUUGGUAUUGUGUCGCCAUAUUGGAUGGUCUCAGCCCUGUCCUAUUCAUAAUGAUUACAUGUGAGGUGUUUACAUUCCCACAUGCCUUAUCUCAUCUCAUGCUACCUACUGUUCUCUUCGUUUACCAGACUGCCGACUAGAUCACUCGUUUCUGCAGAUUGGGCCAUUCAAGAUGGGUGCUGAGUAUGAUUACUUGUUCAAGGUGUUGCUUGUGGGUGAUUCUGCUGUGGGAAAGUCAUGUCUUCUUCUGAGGUUUACGGAAGAUUCAUAUAUGGAGAGUUACAUCAGUACAAUUGGUGUAGAUUUUAAGAUCAAAACCGUGGAGCUGGAUGGAAAGACAAUUAAGUUUCAAAUUUGGGACACUGCAGGGCAGGAACGCUUCAAGACAGUAACUAGUAGUUAUUACCGUGGAGCUCAUGGUAUCAUUAUUGUUUACGAUAUUACAGAUGUGGAUAGUUUUGAUCAUGUCAAACAUUGGUUGAGUGAGAUUGAAAGAUAUACAAAUGACAAUGUAAAUAUGAUUCUGGUUGGAAACAAAUGUGAUUUAACUGAAAAGAGAGCGGUAGAUCAACAAACGGCUAAGGAUUUUGCCAGUGAAAUUGGAAUUCCAUUCCUGGAGACGAGUGCCAAAGAUGCAACAAAUGUUGAACAAGCAUUUCUUACAAUGGCCAGGGAAAUUAAAAAGAGGGUAGGAAGCCAGUCGGCAACAAAGAACAGCCAAAAAAGUACUGUUCAAAUUAAAGGAGAACCUCUUCAGCAGAAAUCACUUCAGCAGCAGACAAGCAACUGCUGCAGCUAAGACUAAGAUGGCCCUUGUGAUAUUUGUUAAUGUGCUGUAUAAAUGUGAGCUGAAGAAAUUUAUUGUGCAUAUAUUAAAUGAUGACUUCAGAGCAGUCAGUUUUCCUCAUUUGUGCUUUUAGUCACUGGAAAAUUUCAAUUUGUGAUAUUCUGUAAUUUGGUGAUGUUUUAUUUUUUUCUCCUUAUAAUGCUAAAUAUUGAUGUAAUAGUUCUUACACAGUCGAAUCCAUAAACCAAUAACAAUCAGCAUCAUGGACUGUGGAAAUCUGAUAGAUCUAAAUGCUAAAUAUGUUUUGGCAUAUGUUCUUGGUAGACGAGCAAUACAAUGUCAAUAGAAACAUACAGUUUGAUUUUCUUGUAAUUAUAUUGUGAAAUAUAUUGAUUGAUUUUUGAAAUA